AUGAAUAUUGCAAGGAGGUAUCUUAGUAGGUUCGUGGAGAAAUGUCCGAUUGAACGAGGGUGUGAAUGUAAUAUACUUAGUGAAUUGCCCAACGACAAGCCGAUUGAUUUCGAAAAGAAUUUGAAUGGGACCAGUGUCAUACCAUGGAAGCAUUUGUUGGUUUUGUCGCAUGGUUUCAAUCAUGCGGACGAGUGGCCAUCCAAGCUUGAGUUGUUACCGGGUUCGUUGACCAACGAAAUGGAUUUGUUAAAGCGAAAGGUUGUAUCUCCGUAUCAUCCAAUUAUGAUUUCUAACGCGAUAGUGCCGAAUGUUACCCGGGGAGCUAAGGAGAAGGUGUAUCUUUACCCUGACAAUAAGAUGAUCGAGUUUGAUAUCAAGGAUACGAAGGAUUUCAUGCAUACGUAUCUAGUACCACCGGAGGAAGAGAUGGCACAGUUUGAGCCCGUUUAUAAUCCAUUCAAGAAGACGACAGCGAUUACCUGGGAGAAGAAAAAGAUAGAUUUCAAGGAACAGGAUAUCGGGAAGGAUCUAAUUCUUGUAUGUGGCCACACGCAGAGGGACGUCAGAUGUGGUAAGAUUGCACCUAUAUUAGUCGACCAGUUCAAGAAGUCGCUCAAGGACAGAGGACUCGAUGUGGACGUAGGGGUUGUGUCGCACAUUGGGGGACACGCGUACGCCGGCAAUGUGAUAUAUUUUCCGCUGGAUAAGACGAAGAAGUCUAUAUGGUAUGGACGGGUGUUCCCAGAGAAAGUGGCGGGGAUUGUUGAUGAGACGGUAAUAGGGGGGAAUAUCAUCAAGGAGUUGUAUCGAGGGGAGGUGUGA